AGGGAAUUUAAGACUGUGGGUUACAGUCAACAUGAUUCGUACUGUGAUUGGCCGUUCAAGUUGUCGACUUUCCAGGGUAUAUGCUAGCAGUCGUGACUACACAUCACGAGCACCUAUAAAUAUAGGGAUAUUAAUCGUCCCAGAGAAAGAAGCAUGGGUUAUUGAAAGGUUAGGAAAAUUCCACAGGACACUGGAACCAGGACUCAAUUUUUGUAUACCCAUUCUAGAUCGCGUCGCUUAUGUACAGUCAUUGAAGGAAGUGGCCAUUGAAAUUCCAGAUCAGUCAGCCAUUACAUCAGAUAAUGUCGUUUUACAAUUGAACGGUGUUCUCUUCCUUAAGGUCAAAAAUCCUUAUUUGGCAUCAUAUGGAGUGUCCGAGGCUGAAUUUGCAAUUACUCAGUUAGCUCAAACAAUUAUGCGAUCAGAAAUCGGGAAGAUAAUUCUGGACAAUGUUUUUAAAGAACGAGAGGCAUUGAAUUUUCAAAUCGUACAAGCUUUAGGCAAAGCAUCAGAGCCUUGGGGUAUUGAGUGUUUGCGUUAUGAAAUUCGCGAUGUUCAGGUGCCACAAAAAAUCAAAGAAGCUAUGCAAAUGCAAGUUGAAGCAGAACGAAAGAAGCGUGCAUCCAUUUUGGAGUCAGAAGGACAACGUGAAGCUGCUAUUAAUCGAGCUGAGGGUUUAAAACGUAGCCAGGUGUUAGAGUCAGAAGGUCACCAGAUUGAAAUUGUAAAUAAAGCUUCAGGUGAAGCUGAAGCUAUCCAACGUCUAGCAGAAGCUCGAGCUCAGUCUAUCCAAACCAUUGCUCGUGCAAUCGGUACUAAGCGUGGAGCAGAUGCAGUACAGCUUACAGUAGCUGAACAGUACAUAGAAGCUUUCAGUGCUUUAGCGAAGACAACCAAUACGGUAUUAUUACCAUCUCAUAGUGGUGAUGUUGCGUCAAUGGUUACUCAAGCAUUGACUAUAUUUAAAAAUUUAGAUCAACCGAAAGCCAACAUCGGUAAUGAAAAUAACGGUGGAUGUAAUGAUGAAUCUUAUUCUGAAGUAGUAGCUGACCAACAGUCAAAUCCAAAUAUUAAUAAUAAUAAACGAGAAUAUGAAACUACUACAUAUCCUAUCAAAUCCAGAUUAUUGCCAAAAACCAAUUCAACAGACCAUUCAACGCUACAUACCGAAAAUAAUGAAUCUAAUGGUUUUUCGAAACAAUUUUGAAAAGAACCUACGAAAAAUACGAAAGAAUAAAGCCAUUAUUGUAAAAAAAGACUAGACAUGUUUAGAGAAAAAAAGCAUUCAUACUUUUUUCAUUACAAAGUGUUCAAGGAAUUAGAGAAAUACGUUUGUGUAAAUGGUUAAAUACAUAUGUCCUAGUUGUUUUGGUUUUUCCACCAUGUAUAUUGUUGCUCAUUGUUUUCUGCAGUAUGAUCGGGCUACUUUGACAUGAAUAAAAUAUAUAUCCUGUUUGAUUUUGUA